AGGCGGGCAGACCCAGGCGCCCUUGCCGUGGCGGCGGAGCCAGCCAGGGCCCUUGUCCACGGCCACCAACCGGGAGUGGUCCAGAUUGCAGCCGCGGAGAUAGCGGUCUCGGUGGCUGCUCUCGCUGGCGGCGAGGACGCUCUCGCUGCCGGCCGCUGCGCUGCGUCGCCGGAGUGCGAGUGUGCCAGCAUGCGCUGUCUCUGUGCGAGGACCGACUGUGGCCACGGAAUCCCGACGCGCACGCGCGUUGGCACAGAACCGCCACAGAGCGAUAGAACAGCGACAGGGCACAGCGGCUGUGUGCUGUUUGUCGGGCAUCUGUCCUCACAGCAAUUCCGGCCCUUGCUCCACCUUGCUCUGCCUUGCUGCUGCUGGACACUUGUACACAGGCUGCGCAUCGAUCGGGCGACACAGAAUGUGCGUGCCCGCCUUGCUCGCGCUGCCACGGCGCCGCCGACGCGCAAUCUCGGCCUUUCCUUGUCGCAAAAAAAAGACGAGGCUUGUGUCGCUGCUCGGCCUCUCCUCGCCUCUCCUCGCCUCUCCUCGCCUCUCCUCGCCUCUCCAUUCGCUCCUCGGUAUCCCCUCUCGUUGUGCCCUCGCUGCGUCGCUGGGCCGGCGCCUCUCGCUCGGCGCCUCUCGCCGCCCCUCGCCGCCUCUCGCCGCUCCGCUCUCGCCCUCGCUGUCGGGCCUCAAAAACCUCGCGGCUCCCUCCCCGUUUCCGUUUCUGCCUCUGCCAGAACCACCGAGUCCUCUGUUUUGUUGUCGUCUGCGGCCCGGUGCUGCCCCACAUCCGCCUUUGCUUGUCGUCAUCCCGUCGCCUCUGUCGACAUUUCUGCUGGAGCAUUCCUCGCAGCCCCCUCCUGACCUGUGCCUAAGCGCUUCCAGUAGUGCUUUCCAACCUCCCAGCCUUUGUGCCCACCUUUCAGAGCAGCCUCGCGAAAUCGUAUUUUUCCUUUGCCUUCAUUGCUCUCCACAGAAGCUUCGCCAUCUCCCAGACCGUCCCGAACACCCCAGCAGCUGUCUUAUUUGUUCCCCCAUAUCCCACCCUUACAUUGUCCUCAGUAUGUCCAAACCGAUACACUAAUUCCAGAGAAUCUUGGUGCAAUUUUCUCGCCCCGCCCA